UCAGUAGUGAUGGUGAAUAAAGUUAUAAUUUUGAUUCUUUUAUACAUGAAAGGAGGUACAGGUGCUCGUGUGAAAGAGUACAUUCAAGAGGAAGCAGCAAUAUGUCCGCAGCCAAACGCAGAUAAAUUUGUAAUCCAGUUUCCGGGACAACUGAAUUUCACCACCGGCAUCAGUUCAGUAGAAUUUCAUGGAAAUUUCACCAUCACGGAUGUCAUCCAGGAACCGCUGGAGCUGGUCAUCCACAUAACACGAUGUACGCUAGAUAACAAAACCUGCGAUCAAUUCAACAAGCUUACCCUGACCAACAUCUGUCGGUACGUGAACGAUGAAAAAGGUCCAUUGGUAGGAUUUUUUAAAAGUAUGGAGCCCAAAAUUCGCUGCCCGAUUAAACCUGGAGCCUACAGGUUCAAAAACUCGUUGGUCGAUCUUUCGUUCACCACCAUCUACCCAAUGGAAGGCUAUCGGUGGAAGGCCCAUUUGAAGCUGAAUUCUAGGAGGCCAAAAAGGGAAUUAUUUUGUGUUUUUUCGCAAAGUAUUAUGCGUUGGACUAAAAAGACAUAAGUGAACAAUUUCUCUGGUCGUAAGCAUCCGAGAACCGUUUUUUAUUGCCAUUGGCCU